CGGAGACAGCCGUGCAGCAGGACAGUAAGCAGAUCCAGGUGGACCUGCAGGACCUGGGCUACGAGACCUGCGGCCGCAGCGAGAACGAGGCCGAGAGGGAAGACACCAGCAGCCCGGAGUUUGAUGACCUGGAGAUGUGUACGUCUCUGGACUGUGGUUCCCAGUGGUGGCCCGCCAACAGCAGCAGCAGCUCCACCUUCACUAAAACCACCGCCACCACCCAGAGCGCCGCCUGUGGAGACGAGUCGUCCCUGCAGCGCCUCGUCGAGGACCUUCGCUCCCAGUUGUCCCGCUCUCAGGCCAUGAUCCGGGGCCUCCAGAGCCGGCUCCGCUCCCUCUCAACAUCCAGCGACUGCACGCCCUCCACGCCCCGCAAGGUCAACUGGUCCUUCCAGGCGUCGCCCUCCCACAGCGGGGCGGAGGAGGACGAGGGCUGGCAGUCGUCUGACGGAGGGCCCCUGGCUUCUCCCCGGCACCCUCACCCAGACAAGGGCCUGGAGGCUCUGGUGUCCCGUGUGGACGCACUGGAGGACCAGCUGAGGAAGGGAGGAAAAAAGUCUGUCAGCGAGGACGGAAAGUCUGCCACCUGGCCGGGUAAAUUCGACACUCUGAUCCAGACUCAGGCCAGAGAGCUGUCUCACCUCCGCCAGCGGAUGAGGGAGGGUCGGGGGGUGUGCAACAUCCUCACCCAGCACCUGGGAGACACCACCAAGGCCUUCGAGGAGCUGCUGAGGGCCAACGACAUCGACUACUACAUGGGCCAGAGCUUCCGGGACCAGCUGGCUCAGAGCGGCGCUCUGGCACAGCGAGUCUGCGCCAAGAUCAGCGGACGAGAUCACCCCGAAGAUCCAGACGAGAAGACAGAGCUGCUCGCCAUCCGGCUCAGUAAGGAGCUGCAGCAGAAGGACAAGGUCAUCGAGUCUCUUCGUGCCAAACUCAACCAGCAUCACCACCAUCAUCACCGCUCCGACACGCCCUGCAGCAGCCGCGCCCUCUCCGACACCAGCGACCAAUCAGAUCGCAUCUCCUACGUGUCCGAUGAGCACGGAUCCACGAACGAGGACCUAGAGCUUUGCUCUGACGUGGACGCUGCCAGCGAGCUCGGCCAGAAGGAAACACAGACUUCUACCAGACUCAGCACAGAUUGCCACUCUCACAGUGGCAGCCUGUCCCGUCACCCGUCUGUCCCUCCAUCCACCACCUCCUCCUCCCACAGAGCCCAGUCCUGCCUCAGCUGUCCCAGCAUGCAAUGCCCCAGCUCGCCACACAAACCCGCAGACAUGCAGAGUCAGACAGCUCCAGCCCCAGGCUUCACCUCUACCCCCUCUUUCCACCCUCCGCCCUCCUCCUUCCAUCCUCACCCUACAACCCUGCGAACCCGUUACCAAGGCAACGGGGGCGUGGGUUUCUCCCUGGCUGAGGUCCAUCAGGAGCUGCAGAUGUUACAGAGGCAGCUGGGAGACAAUGAGAGGUUUUCCACUCCCCAGUCCAAACCUCUUCAGGGGUUCCCGUUCGCCCACCAGCAGUCCGACUCCUCGGCCUUCCUGCCUCUCUCCUACCACACAUACCAGCCUUCUCCUUUCAGCAGCGCUGCCAGCAGCAGUCUGGAUGCCAGCUCAGCAAUGAAAGCUGGGGCUAGUCUGCUGGAGAGCAGUGCAUUGUGGGAUAUGGCCUACGGUACCCGACCAGUGAGACUGGGAGCUGACCUGUCUUCAGGAUCCUCAGGGUACCAGUCAGGCACCAGUAACACAGGUUCAGACCUGAUGAAGGAGCACCUGAGAGAGAUCAGGAGUCUGAGACAGAGACUGGAGGACUCCAUCCAGACCAACGAUCGCCUCCGACAGCAACUGGAGGAGAGGCUGGCCCGCACCGCCACUGAGAAAGGUGCUCCUACCAACAUCUACAUCCAGGGUCUGGACUCUGUCGGCCAGCUCUCCAGUGAGAUCCGACUGCUGAAGGAGGAGAACGUCAGUCUGCAGAACCAGCUGAAGCAGAUCACCAAAGAGGGCAGCAAGGAGGCGGAGCAGCUGAGGGAGGCGGCGCUCCUGGAGCGGGCCAGGUUGAAGGAGGCGGAGCUAGAGGCUGAGAGGUGGGCGGAGCAAAGCAGGAAACUGCAAACUGAGGCUGAAGCUCGCAACCAAGAGAUUUCACAACUGAAACAGGACAGACAGCAGAACCAGGAAGCCAUCAACAGACUCCAGCAUGAGGUGAGCGUCCUCCAGCAGCAGCUGUGUGAGAGCCGCAGUCUGGUCCACUCUCUUCAGUGUGAGCUGCAGGUGUACCAGAGAGUGUGUGGAGUCCCCACAGACACACACUCAGGUCAGGUCAGUGACGGUGCCCAACUCGACCACAGCACUGUGACCUUUGACCCCAGAGAUCUGCACAUUCAGCUGGAGCAGCAGCUGAGCAGACAGGCCGACACCCAGCCUCGAUCCAGGAGACAGCUCUUCAGCGACAACGUUCCCUCCCCGCCGGUGAGAGACACUGGACUCGUCAGUCCUUCCUCUCCUCCACAUGCUGCACAGAAACACGCAGAAGAAACUGGAGCAGCUGAUCAAGCAGCCUCGGCCCUGCAGGGUGGAGCUCCAGACGGCUCAUUCGCCCACCGUCAUGGCCGUCACGCAGUGGGCCACAUUGAUGACUUCCAGGCUCUGCAGCAGCAGAUCCUGGAGGGCGCCGCUGUCCUCCGCAAGAUGGAGGCCGCUCUUUACUCGCAGGAGUUCAGCCUUCAUCAGCCUUCAGACUCAGGUUCUGUCAGGAAGCUGCUGUCCGACACUAAAACCCUGCGACAGAUCCUGGAGGAGGCCGACUCUCUGCUGCGGAUGUUCUGGAGAGCAGCUCUGCCAAACGUCGAGGAAACCAAACAGGAUCAGUCUCUGAAGGAGGAGGUCGUUUCUCUCCGUCUGAGGCUCUCGGAGCGAGAAGAGGCUCUAAAGGACGCCAUGGAGAGAGUGAAGAGCUCCAACCGCACCAAAGAUAGCAUGGAGCACUUUAUAGUCAGCCAGCUGUCGAGAACACAGGACGUGUUGAGGAAAGCCAAGACGAACUUACAGGAGAACGAGCUCAGGAUUUCCUCCCUUCACCGUGCCUCUUUCUCCAUUCCUCCUUCCUCCUCCUCCUUUUCCUCCUCCUCCUCUUCCUCACACCCCUGGCUUGGUAAAGCUGAAAACGCAGGACGCUUCUGUGAGCUCGCCUUCUCUCCUGGUUGGGGUGUCAUGAAGCCCCGGACCUCCUCCAUCUCCUCCUCCCCUGCUGUCCUGGGACCGGCUCACCGCCACCACCAGCGCCCCCUGCAGUCAGCCUUCCUGUAGUGCACCAGCCACCAAGUCCCCUCAUCGACAUCUGCUGUUCAAACAGAAAAAUGCUGGAAAUUCUGCCUCUCUUAUUGGCUGGAGAAACAUUUCAGUUGAGUGACGUCUGAGUGUUGAUGAUGGUUUUAAGAAUGUGAAUGACUGUAAUUAUUUUAAUAAUGUGUGUAGGUGUUGGGAAGGCUUUUGUUGAGGCAACUGAAGUGUUUUUUUCUCAUUUAAAUGAGACCAGACUGAGUUUGGCUAAAGUUGGUUUAUGAUUCAUAGCUUCUGAUAUCAGUUUACUCCAGGUUUGAUAAAUCUAACCACAGCGGUUUGUAGCACAUGUAUGUAGUUUAGGCAGAUGAAAAACAGUCAAAUUUACAAUUUCCUAAAUCUGAAUGUCUUAUAACCAGGGGUGCAAAGCGGGGGGGCUUCUGGGGUUCUUGCCCCAAAUGUUUUAGGCUUUUAAAAAAAACUUUCGUCAUUUCACUUCAGUCUCUCUGGGCCAGAAAAUCAACUGAGCAAAAGGCUCUAAAAGAUGAUUUCUUCUUCUGGACAACUAUUUUGUUUUGCAGAUUUUUAGGCGUUCUUUUGUCUCAACUGACUUUAAAAAUGUGCAUAAAGCUGCUGAAGAGGGGAAUAAACUCUCCCCUGGACCCCCCCUACGUUUGAGCUCCCUCCUUAAAACACCUUCAUAGGAGGAAAUGUUGUACCUUAACUCAUAAAUCUGAAGCUCCAGAUCAAAAGCCGACUCCAGCCUCGUACUUCAGCAGGGAUUCAAGACACAAAAAAUCCCCCUGAUGCCAGCAGGAACGGGGCUUUAAAAAAAAAAGCCAAAGCCAAACUGCAAAGUGCUUCCUGUCAGCCUCUGCGGAGGCUCGUGUUUGUAGUUAGCGUGUAGAAUAGUUGCAUGUGGUUUGAGCAGCUCGUGGAAACAAAGCCAUACUCUCUGACGGGACAGUAGAUAUGUUUUUGUUUUGUCAUAAAAAAUGUCCAGCUACUGAUAAAAUAUGGAAAAUACUAGAACUACCAAUAGACAGUUGGGUCAGAUAGCCGGUAGAUGAUGUUUUCGUGCAUUUACUCACAAAUAAAACACAGAUUUAGGGAUUUGUUUUCCCCACUCAUUGUUCUCAGACUCCAGAGUGUCGCUGUUAAAUGUGGAGUGAGUUCUCUUCAGAUAUUUAAGAUGAAUAUGGGUCCAACCCAGUUGUUCCUGCUGAAACCUGCAGUGUUUGAAAGCCUUCUGAUGAAGCCUCUUAGUAACGCAGAGUUAAUACAAACACGAACAUGUUACAGGCGGCACUCAUCGAGCUGCCUUCAGUAACCUGUCACACCAAAAGAAGUUAAUUUUAUAGUGAACGGUCCAAGAGAGAUGACAUUUCAUUUUUGUAACCAGAAAUAUGGACCACACUUUUAUCUCUUUGGGUUGUUUUAUUUUUUUUAAAUCUCCUUUCGUUGUUUUGUUUUUUUGCUAAAUUUGUGGAUUUUUUUUUAUGUUUGAAUUUUCCCUCAAGAUGACAAUCACUUUUAAAGAGACAAUCGUCAAGGGAUAAAACAUCUAUAGGUACAGAUGUUUUCUUCAGAGCUGCUGCAGGAUUCAUGACGCUCACUGUGCAAACGAACUUUUCUGAAACUGGGUGUUUUACACUGGCUAACUCCACAUUUUCUUUCCGUUGUAGUUUCUCCUUGAUUUCCCUGUAAAGUAGGUUUUCUGUUUUUGUGCAUGAACUGAGGCUUCACUGCCCUCUAAUACUUUCACUGAAAUAUGCAAUUUUUUGGGUUACUGUGCAAUAAUAGCCUUCGUGGAUGCUUUUUUGUGGACGUUUUUAGGCCUGGGUAUCAAAGUGCCAUGUCAUCUGUUUUAGCUCUGGAGCUGAAUUAAUUUAAACAAACUGACUCUUUUUGGAUGAAUGCAUCCAGAUUUGUGACAAUCAAUUUAAUGGCCCGCUCUUUUUGGCUUCAUAUGAAUCAGAGUUUUAUACACAAUGUGGAAACAGGCAAAGAAACAGCACUGUAAUGUGUUUAUAAAGCAAUAAGAUCAACCAAAGUGAACAACGUGUACGUUGUCAAAUCAGGUGUAAAAUGAUCACUAUUUAAAUGUAAUUCCCCACAGGUCAGAGGUCAAACUUAGUGUCUUUCUGUAGCGUCUGUGAGGGUUUUAGGAACCACGUCUCAUGUAUGUACAUAUUAAAGGGAGUGUGUACAUCAAUGCAAGUCCUUUUAUUUGUUGUUGUUGCUGUUCAACAAAGACCAGCUGUAUUUUUAUGCAUGUUCUCUUUAUUAAAAAAAUGUUUUUGGGGUAAAAGAAAAGAUCCUUUUUAAUAAAAGAGGAUAAAAACAA